AUGAAAAAAGUUUUUCUAUUAAAUAUUUUAUUAAUUUUUUUAUUAAAAAAUAUUAAUGGGGAUGGUGAUACUACAAGUGAGGGAGUACCUUGUACAGCGUCUCAACAAGACCAAGCAGAUAAUUCUCCACCUUCGCCAGCUGAUGCUCCCCCAACUGAAGGUUCAGAUAGCCCGUUUUGUUCAAGUUCAGACGUGGAUAGUUCCUGUAAGGGUUUUGGGACAGGAACUAAUGUUCCCCAAGCUGUGUGUGUUCCUAUUCUUGCAUAUGAACCAAGUAAAGUUUUUUUGACUUGGACUCAGCCUGAUGUUGCUGAUGAUGUUGUUGGCUAUAAUGUUUAUAAGGAUGGACAGCUGCUUGGAAAUUCUAAAAAUAAUUCAAUGCAAAAUAGUGUUGUUGGAAGAUAUUUUGAUACUUUUCUCAAAGAAGAACCAGAAUUUUAUCCAAAAAUUCUUUUCAAUACUUUUUGGGUUAAAGGAUUAAAGCCAAAAACAAAAUAUACAUUUACUGUUCGAUCUGUUCUUUCUAAUGGGGAUGAAUCUGAAGAUAGUAAACCAUUAGUUGUUACUACACCAACUAAUUAUAAAAAGAUUGUGGACAUAUCAAAAGUGGGAGCUGUAGGUGACGGAAAAACAAUGAAUACAAAAGCAAUACAAGAUGCCAUAGAUAGCUGUGCUACUGGUUCUCUGUCUCCAUACGACUGUAAAAUUAGAAUCCCCAGAGGAACUUUCCUAACUGGAAGUUUAAUUUUAAAAUCAAAUAUGACUUUCGAAUUGGCAUCUGGAGCUGUUUUGUUAGGUUCCCCUAACAGUAACGAUUAUCCUUUGAUUCCAAGAUUAAAUAUGCCUUCAGCUUUAAUUAACGUUAUUGAUCCACAGCAUUCUCAAAAUCUUCGAAUUGUUAGUAGUGGAGGUAUUAUUGAUAAUAAUGGAUGGAAGCAAGACACUACAAUAAUAGAUGAAAUUGGGAACCCUUUACCUCAUUAUGUUAAAGGAUCAGCACAAACAGUUAAACAAAAUGGGGUUUUAGCUGCAAGUCAAGUAACAAGUAAAGACAAAUAUGGAAGUGCACGUUCUAAAAUGUUAUUAUUACUUGGAAUUACAAAUUUACAUAUUGGAGGCACCAACCUAACCCUUCGAAAUCCAUCUAUGAUUACUAUGGCUAUUGGAAAUAGUCGUAAUAUUUCUGUGGUUAAUACUCGAUUUACUACCUUUGAUAUAAAUAAUGGCGAUGGAAUGAAUAUAGGCGAUGCUAGUAAUGUUCAAAUCUUAAGUAAUCUUUUUGAAACUGGAGAUGAUUCUGUAGCAAUGGGUACUGGACAAGGAAAAAAAUCUAAUUCUCCGCCUGUAGAAUUUGUUGUUAUUAGAAAUAAUUAUUUCCGGCAUUCACAUGGAUGCUCCUUUGGUGGUAAUCUUGGAGAUUGGGUACAAGAUGUCCAAAUUGAGGAUAACAUUUUCCUUAUGUCUGAUAAUGGUAUUCGAAUGAAGGCAACAAAAGAAAUUGGUGGAGGUGUUAGAAAAGUUUGUAUUAGAAAUAUUGGAAUGAAAGGAGUUGGGACAACAAAUUCAUUUCCAUAUAAUGGCAAAACUUUGUCUGGAAAUACAAUUAAUGGAUAUCCACUAAUAUUUACAUUAAAAUACAGUGAUGGCAAAGGUCAAUUCCCUCCAGCAGAUAUCUCCACACAAUAUCUUAAUAUAACAUUAAAAGAUCUGAGUAUUGAUCAAAUAGACACAAACCACGCUUCUGGUUGUAUUUUGAUUGAUGGAACUCCAAAUUAUAUGCAUACUAAUUUUGAAUUCAAGAAUAUAAAAAUCAAAAAUUCUCUUCAAGCAAAAAUCAGUCAAUUAAAAUUAAGCGUUUUUGAUACACUCGAAACUGAAAACAUUGGUGGAGAUCCUCCUUUUAAAUUUGCUCAAUGUAGUAAAUUAACAUUCAGCAAUGUUCCAGAAGUAAUUAAUCCACAAAGCAAUUAUAGUUAA